AAAAAACUACAAAACACAUGACAUGGCAUGUUAGGUGCCGUGAUGAGAAUGAAAAAAUUAUUCAUCCUGCUGAGGGAAUGGUGUGGCAACACUUUGUUCGUACCUAUCCAGAUUUUGCUUUUGAGCUUAGGAAUGUGAGGCUUGGCUUAUGCACAGAUGGAUUCUCUCCUUUUGGACAAUCUGCAUCACCAUAUUCACGUUGGCUAAUUUUUCUUAUUGUUUACAACCUCCCUCCAUCUAUGUGUACGAAACCAAAGUACAUAUUCUUGAGUUUGAUUAUUUCUAGCCCUCAAAGUCCAAGAAAGAACAUUGAUGUGAUGUUGCGGCCACUCAUUGAUGAGCUUAAGCAACUAUGGGCACCUAGUGUUAGAACUAUGACAGCUUCAGCCAUCAAAACUUUAACAAGAAGGCAGCUUUUAUGUGGACAAUCAGUGACUGUCAUGGGUAUGGUAUGUUGUCAGGAUGGAACACUCAUGGGAAGUUGUCAAGAUGAAACACUCAUGGGAAGUUGUCAUGUCCAUAUUGUAUGGAAAACACCAAGGCUUUCUACCUUAACAAUGGAAGUCAUGGAUAACCCGAGUAAAAUGAAAGACAAUGUUAAGGUAAGAAUGGACAUAAAAGAAGUUUGCAAAAGGAAGGAAUUAUGGAUAAUCGAAGAGGAUACGAAGCUAAAAGCCACUUAUGUUCUUAGUAAGGAUCAGAGAAAGUCAAUAUGUCGAGGAGUUGUGGUUGACCAAAAUCACCAUCUACUGGACAUUAACCCAAAGUCCAAAUUGAGAACAUAUGAACCUUUCAUCCUUACUAGUCAAGCUCAACAAGUGUAUUACACUCAGUACCCAUCAAUGAAUUCUCGAAGAAAGGGAUGGUGGGUAGUGAUUAAGACCAAGGUAAGGAGGUACAUUGAGAUGCCAUUAGAGCUUUUAAUAGAACAAGAUGAAGAUGAGGCUUAUUUCCAGGACAAUGACCCACCCAUACCUCAACCCACCAAUGUUGAUGUCAUCACAUUUGAACUCAUUGUGCAUACUAAUGGGACUCGUGUAGAGAUUGUUGAAGAAGAUCAAAACAAUGAUGUUGAGGAGAAUGAUAGUGAUGAUGAAGAGGUUGAGUUUGACUCCUACAAGACAUCUGAAGAAGAAAACAAUAAUUAUAUAUUAUAGAAUGAAAGUGACUAAAUGACAUGAUGUAUAUUUCUGUAAACUAAUAAAUUAACAAUAUUAUUUUUUAUGUUGUAGUUAAUUAUGUAUUUGUUUUGACAUAUUGCCUUCCUAGUUACUUUUAGUUACGUAGAAAAAUGAUUUUAUCAUAAGUGCAUUAUGACACUUUUAAUAAGUCUAUAGCAUUAUU